CUGUCUGCGCACCUAGACACCCUGCUGAGACCAGCCGAGAGGCUGCACCUUGGAAUGAGUCCUUGAAGGAUGUUCUGCAAGCAGAAACAAAAGGUUUCAACACUGUUGUGAUGAAACGAUCCAGACGGGAGGUCAGAGCGUUAGCAUUAGCCACCCGGCUAACAAAGUCUGAGCUCUAAAAAACACACAUCUGGCAGGUAAACUAAUGAAGGUUGUCGGUUAAAGAACAGUGGAUGAGUUCAGCAGGCUGGAGGUUCAAAAAUCCAGUUUCAUCCUCUUUGUUCUGAGGAGAAACGGCUUCAUUCAAAAAUAUGACAAUUUCAGGAUGAGUUGCUCUUUGCAGAAUUGCACACGUGGUAGAAAAGCAGCGUUAAAAAGCCUUUUGGUCUUCAGGUACGUUCUGCAUCUACAGGUGAACAGGAAGUUCAUCCAUUAAUGUCCAGUUGAACUUUAUAAUUCUAUAUUAUGAUAUAAAUUACUUUGGUAUUUUCAUUCGAGAAACUGUUGGAAGGUUUUGUUUUGGUGAAUUGAAAGAUUUUAAAAAACAAAUUUUAAAAAGUCAACAUAAAAAAUGUAUAAAAACGACCACAGAUAAAAAAGAUUAUAAACGAACCUCUGUUUAUACAUCGUAUAAAAAGUCACCAGCUUACUAUUGUCCCGUAGUUUCAUAAGCACGACUUUAAUUUAGUAAAUUUAACAGAAUAACUGUUUAUUUUAUGAGUUUAAUCGCCCAAAUGUUUGAGUUGUUUCCACCUCGUGUGUAAAUCUGUAAAGAAGCGACUCGUCUGAUGUCGGUUUACUUCCUGUUACUCUGCUGUGUUCGUGAGACUGAACAGAGUCGUAUUAAUAUUAAGACUACUGAAGCUGUGGUUCGGUGAACCACUGUGCCCCCCCCCCCACACACACACACACACACACACACAGACCGCCCGCCAGCGUUACAAAUCCUUGGAAAAGUUUGUUUUUCAGCAGAGAUGAAGUAAAAUCACUCUUUAAACGCAUAUUAGCUUUAUGUGAGCAGCUCAUCUUAAAGGGAACAUAGCGGUGUUUUUGCUUGUUUUACUACCGUUUACUACGAAGUACUUCUGAAAUACUGCGACUACUUUCCAAAACGUUAUGUUGUGUUUUUAUGAUUUCUGUAUCAAGUCGAUGCCGAAUCUCUGAAAACGUGAUUCUUGUUUUCUUAAAUACUCACUGAAAACGAGAGAAGUUUCCUUCAUAAAGUUACAUCGUGAACAAUAAAUCUUUGUUGAUAUCGGCACGAGGAGAGCUGGUUAACAUUAGCGGUUAGCCGUUAGCAGCACAGUGCUGCUCGGCUAAAUAACGGAGCUAAUGGCUAACGUUAACGGAGGUCGCAUUGAGUUACGUUAUGAUGCGUUCAAGCUCUAUUCAGUAAAAAAUAGUAUUGUGCGACAAUAAAUCGUAACGUUAUCGUGAUGAGUUGAGUUUAUCGAAUUCUAACACGCUGGUAUAGUUUCACUUUAACUUCUUCGAGAGAAAAUCCAUCACGUUAUUUUUAUUUUAUUGUAAUAAUUUACCAAAAGAUGUUACUGUGAAAAAACACACGUGAUAACUGAGCCAAAUUCAAACGUUCAUUUUCAUACUGCAGGGAAAUAUUAUUUAAAUAUCUACAACAAAGCAGCUUGAUUUGUUUAGGGAAAGUCUUUCGUACAUUUUAUUUUCUGAAUGGGUCGACGGAACUUCUUUUGAUUUUUGGAUGAAUUUCUUUUGUUUGCAACUAAAAACCUAAUUUUAGUCGGCGUUAAAGAAACAGAAAAUCUUUGUUUGAGUAAAUAAGUUUUGUUUUUACUCACCAGACAGAUAAUUCUUUAAAUACUUUGUUUACAUCCCAAAUGAAAGUAGUUGCAGUAAAACGUGCAAAAACAUUUAUAUGUUCCUUUUUUAAAUGUCAGAAGUUUAAGAGUUUGUGUGAAGAAAACUGCAAAAAGAAGCGUGAUAUGAACCUCUGAGCAGCAGAGACACAGACCACACUAGAUCCAUUCAGAGCGUUGUUUGUUUGAAAUGUAAAUGUUCUACUUCCUCUUCACAACAGACUCACCUGUGUGUGAGAAAUCCAUUCAUUAGUUUGAAACUUUCUGGCUUUAAACUUUAUUUUGUAACCUGUAAAUCUCUAAAAAGACUGUUUCCUCGUGACACAGAGACUGACUUUAAACCAGAUGAAGCAUAAUAUCACUGAGCUGCACAUCUGGUCACGUUUGACGUUUCCAGUUGUUUCCUCAAUAUUUCAAAAACGUUUUUGUGACUACGUCUUCCUGUAGAUUUAAUGUAAAUCAGGAAACACAGUUUUAGUUCAUAACACGUGUUAAAACAUGUUCUUCAUCUUGUGAUGUUAAAAUUAUAUUUUCCAAAUAUGAAAAUUAUUCAAUGAAGAAAAACAUUUCUGCUCGAAAAUCAAGAUUUGUAUUUUUUUCUUCAGUGUUUCCCAAAUUCAAAAUGUCGCCAGAUAAACAAGACCAGACUUUAAUCUACUUCCUGUCGGGUCCGGCGGUGGACGAUGAAUUUAACGCUGAACACAGUUUUGUCCUCAUGGUUAUAGUUCUAAAAAUAUCGUUCGAUUCCUCGUCUGCCGUCCGAUCUUUUUUUCUGACCUCCAGUCGGCGUCUGCGACCUUUUUUUUUUUUUUUUUUUUUAAGGCGGAUCUGUGUGACCGGGCUCAGCUGUUCUUUUUAGGUGGAACUGUGACCCGGCCGUUCUAUCUACUGUACUGUUUUUGACUUCUUCAAAGAGUCGUUUGUGUUUUACAGACAUGUUGUGUAUUUUAUUUGUAAAGUUAUUAUUGAUAAACUCGGAGCUUGUUUCACAUGUCCAAAAAUCCAAAAAGGCUGCCGAUCUCCUGCCCGAAUCUCCAGCUUCCAGCGUCGCUCGGCCUCCCGGAGUUUCUGGGUUCAACUGUGUAAAUGUAUUAUAAAUAUAUUUUUUUGUAUGUAUGCCUUUCCUAAUGAUCUGGAGAAGAUAGAUGUUAUUUUUAUAUAUUGCAGCGUUUUUGUAAGUAUUUUAUACUUUUGAUAUGGUUCUCUGUAAAACAAGAGUAUUAUGUAAAUAUAGUUCUUUAGAAACACGUCUGUUGUCAGUCUUUUUUUGUUUCUGUUGUGUUGAUUUUAGGAUUAAUAAUCUACAACUGAUCCAACAUCAGCUCACACAUUCUGUAUAUUUAAUGUUGAUUAGGACCAAGGAUUGUGGUUCUUACAUUUUUGCUUCUUGUGACAUUCUGUGUAGUUUUGCCUCUUCAGUACUUCAAACGUUGUUAAGAGUUAACAAUUAAACAACUUAAGAGUUGUUUAAUUGCCAUUUGCAGUACUUAAAGAAGUACUCAGUCUACUGAGGUAAAAGUAAUAUCGUAGUCUAGAAAUACUCCAUCACAAGUAAACAAGUCCUGAACUCAAGUAAAAAGUAAAGUUACUCAUUAUGCAGAAUAGCCAAUGGAAAUCCUCAAGUACAGUACAAGUAUCUCAAUUGUACUAGGGUACAGUUAAUGUAGUUAGUUACAUUCCACUGAUUUGAUAUUAAUCAUAUAGAAAACAGGAAUGUUUAUUAAACACUAGUUUAUCUAUAAUUACUACCAAGUUACAUAAUUGCUCAUUAACUUGGUUAACUGUUUAAACUGACAGCAGGUCACUCAUUAACGUGGUUAACUGUUUAAACUGUCCGUCUUUGCCCCGCCUCCUUGCAGGUGUGCUCUCUCUCAGUAUUACCUGUCUCUGUGUUGCGUGUCUGUCUGUCAGACAGUGUUUCAGUGUUCAAGUGUGCGUUUCCUUCUCACCUGUCGCUCUGACUCCCCGUCUCGCUGCAGAGAUGUCGGAGGAGGCGGUGGUCGGCCUCGCCGCUGUGACCGUGCUCGGUGUCCUGCAGCAAGCCUAUUUGUCCCUGCAGGUUAUCUACGCCAGGAGGAAGUAUUCGGUGUCUCCGCCUGCCACCGCCGGACCGCCGGAGUUUGAGAGGAUCUUCAGAGCUCAGGCCAACUGUUCAGAGUAUUUCCCGAUCUUCAUCGCUGUCCUGUGGACGUCUGGAGUCUUCUUCAGUCAAGGUUUGUCUUCAGUCUGCGGUUUGCUGUAUUUAUACGGACGCCUCCGAUACUUUCAUGGAUAUUCUGAGUCGGCUCAGAGACGACUGGCUCCUCUGUAUUUCAGCGCUCAGGUUCUGUGGGUCCUGGUCGGGUUCUCGGUUCUCGGCGUGUUCCUCUCGUUCUGCAGAGUUUACCUGAAGUUGGACCUGCAGCGUGGGCUCGGCUCUGCCCUCGGCCUGGUCUGAAGGAACGACCCUCAGGGGUCAAAGGUCAGACGUCACAGAAGACAAAAUGGGACUUUUGGGAUAAUAAAAUAUCAAAAACUCUUCACAGGAAAUGUCAUUAUGUUUUUAAUCCUCAGUAAUUGUUAUA